GCCCCUCCGGCCACCGCCGCGCUGCGACUUCUCCCCCGUCGGCCGGCCGCUCCGCCCACGACGCGCCGCUUCACCCCUCGUCUCCGCCCCUCUCUGCCUCUGCCCCUCUGCUCUGCCGUCGCCCACUCCGCCCGCCGCCCACUCCACUCCGUCGGUUGGAGAGAGAGAUGGAUAGAGAGGAUAGAGAGAGAGGGGGAUAGAGAUAUGGUGGUGAGGAUGACGUGUGGGUCCACAUGGGCCCACCCAUUUUUUAUUAUUUGUGUGCGAAACUGAUACGUGGGUCCCACGUGUUUUAUUAUUUUUUCAUCUAAUUGCCACAUAAGCGCCACGUCAACGACACGUUGGACGAAAACCUGGUCAAAAGGAGCCACGUAGGCACCACCUCAGCCAAAACCGAAGACAGUACCGCCGAAGGACCUUAUUUAAACGGUUUUGUUAAGUUGGGGGACCCAUCGUACCCGGUUUUGCGACCGGGGACGAAAAUCGGACUAGGUGAUAAAUAGAGGGACCCAAAGUGAACUUAUACCAAUGCAAUUUCAUAUCAAACAGUCACGGAUGGGCUUUAGGAAAGCAGAACUGGGCCCGGCCCAGUAGAUCACAUAGCCCAACAAGAUCUAAACCGCAUGCUCUCGUUUCAACAAAUUAUCACACCGAUUGCAUUUGCAUCUGCUGCACAGGCUAAAUCAAACACGUAGCCAUGAACCAUUCACCUCACAAGUCACAAGCAUUGCAUUUCUAUGGUUACCAGUGCAGGACGAAAUGCUCAACUAGCCCAAGCAAGAAUGGAGCAUGACAACCUCAGGCACCAAAAGCUCUAUAAAUAUUUGCAUUGCACAAAUCAAAAGUUUCCAAGUUUUAAUCAGAGAAGUUCAAGAUAUCAGAAAGAACAACACAUACCAGGAUGUCUCAGCUCAAGUCUUCUAGCCUGGCUGCACUGCUGAUCUUCCUCCUGGCAGUGUUCACCACUGCAGCAGCAGCGGCAGGUACAGAAUGCCAGAACGAUGUCGAGGUGCUGAAGACAACCUGCUACAAGUUCGUUGAGAAGGACGGGCCGAAGCUGCAGCCAUCACCUGACUGCUGCACCUCCAUGAAGGGCGUCAACGUGCCCUGCGUCUGCACCUACCUGGGCAGCCCAGGCGUCAGGGACAACAUCAACAUGGAUAAGGUGUUCUAUGUCACCAAGCAGUGUGGCAUCGCCAUCCCCGGGAACUGCGGAGGAUCCAAGGUCUAAAACAAGAACUGAUUGACUUGGUGAAGUUGGCUGACAAAAGCAAGGCACCUAGCAGUUGCACGGCUGAUAUAGGUAAAUAAUGUUGGUCAACUUUUAGAGUACACGGAUUGUACGUCAACCUUCAGCAUGUUGUGAUAACAAAAUAUGUAUCAAUGAUGGUUGUCUAUAUACACUGAAAAUGCAAGAGUAUUUUUAAAUCACAUGUUGUAUUGAGUAUUGACCCAGCUAUCAACUGUUUGUUGAUGUGCCC